AGGAUCUGAAUGUCCUUCAGGUAUUUCUUACUAGCUAAGCAACACAAUGGAAACCCCAGCGAAAGCAAGUAAAAAGGAUACCCAAGAUGGGCUGCCGAGAGAAGAGAGAUUGUCCAUCAGUGAAGCACUUCUACACUAUCACUUGCAAAUAAAGGAGAAUAUAGUAGAACGAUUGAUGGUGCAGAUAAAAAAUCUUAGAGAAAAGAACCAAAAGUCUCAUGACAGAAACGGACGCUUAAAGGAUGAACAGAUUUGGCACAUACGGAACCUACUAAAGGAACUGAGUGAAGAGAAGUCGGAAGGAUUAAAAGUAACAAGAGAGGAUGUCGAAACAGCAAUGAAAGAGAAGUGGAAGUUUGAAAGAGACCAGGAACAAAACUUAAAAGAUAUGCGCUUGCAAAUAAGUAAUGCUGAGAAACUAUUUCUUGAGAAACUCAGUGAGAAGGAAUAUUGGGAAGAGUACAAGAAUGUAGGGAGUGCACAACAUGCUAAACUCAUUAUCUCCUUACAAAAUGACAUCAAUAAAGUGAAAGAGAAUGCGGAGAAAAUGUCAGAACAGUAUAAAAUCACUCUAGAAGAUGCUAGAAAAAGAAUAAUCAGAGACACUUUGUUGCAACUGGACCAAAAGAAGGAAUGGGCCACAGAGAAUGCCGUGCGGUUCAUCGACAAGGGCAGCUACCGGGAGAUCUGGGAGAACGACUGGCUAAAAAAAGAGAUUGCAAUCCAUAGGAAGGAAGUUGAUGUAUUGGAAAAAGCUAUUCAAGAACUGGAAGAAGAAAAUUUGGAGCUCAUUGAUCAACUAUUCAACUGUAGACUUGUGGAUCUCAAAAUACCCAGGCAACUAUAUUUUACCCAAGCUGCGGGGACAGGAACUGGCACUUGCCAAGGAACCCCACCCAUGCACAAAUUUGUGCACCGGGCCUCUAGUAUACACAUAAUUAAUUUCUUUUCCUUCACCCCAGAAAAGUCAAAACCGGAACCCAUAGAAGAAACAAGUAGCAAUAAGAUGAGCUCAUCAGUUGCGUUUGAAGCUUUACCCAUUAGUCAAGAGGAUGAUAUCAGAUCUGACCAGCAGCAGAGCACAGAUAGUGAGAGCUCAUCCAUAGACUUUGGGACCUCUGACAUGAAAUACUUACUCUAUGAGGAUGAGAAGGAUUUCAAGGAUUAUGUAAACUUGGGCCCCCUGGAAGUGAAACUCAUGCGUGUGGAGAGCAAGAAAAUGCAGAUUCAUUUUCAAGAGAAGCCUAUUACAGACAAAUUAUUUGAAGAGGUCAAGGGCCCACAAGUCCACGUCACAUAUAGAAUGAUGAAGUCUUUUCUCUAAGACUGAACGCUGCAAAGUAAAAACAGUUUUUCCUUAUAAAUUUUAUUUGGGAACUAAAAUAUAAAAGCUGCCCACUUUAUUUAUACUUUGGUCCAUUUUUAAACAAGUUGUUAUUUUUAAAGAUCAUUCCAAGAUUCAGCUAUCCAUUUACCUGCAUAGCAUGAGUAACAAAAAUGAAAGUACUAGUUAUAUUUUGAUAUUCAAGUAAUCAGAAGCAUGUCAGUGAGCCCAAGAUGGUCUCUGAGGUUCCCUACCACUUAAACAUUCCCUGAUUGAUCUAUGAUUCCAAAAUGAAAUAGUUCAAGUAGAAAUUUCUCUAAGAAAAAUGUAGAGGUUUGCAUAGCACUGACUACACAUCUUUCUCUCUGAGGAUGCUAAAUGGUAGCUA